AUGGGGGCCAUCUGCCCCAAGGGCGACGUCGGCGUCCUGCCGGUCAGCCUGGACAAGACUCUGGUCCCAUCCAAGGACUUUGUCUACAGCCCUGCGGACGCGAAGGGUGGUUUCAAAGCAAGGCUCGUGCUUAGCUUGCAGAAGGCUCAGGAAGACGAACGAUACUGGGAACGUCAAAGCAACGAAAAGGCUGAUCUUUUCAAGGCCGCAGAGAGAAACGAUGUGAAGAAGAUAAAAGAACUAUUGGAGAAGCAGGCGGACGCGGAGACCGCGCAGCGGCUGCUCGAGAGCCAGGACGAGGAGAGCUGGACACCGCUGCACCGCGCCGCCAGCAAGGGGCACACGGAGGCCAGCGUGGUGAUGCUGCGGGCCGCGCUCGACCCGGAGGCCCUGCUGACCAUAAAGAACACGACCGGGUCCUCCCCGGCCCACCUGGCGGACUUCUUCCGCCACCUGGAGCUGGCGCUGCUGCUGGAGCCCGCGGUCGUGGGCAAGCCGCCCUGGGACGGCGUCCCCGCGUCGAAGCGGCAGGCGCCACCGUCGCCCAAGCCGCCGACGUAG